UUGCAGUUUCAGAAGGAGCAAAGAUGGGUCGCGUUAUUCGAAAUCAGAGGAAGGGCCGCGGCUCGAUCUUCAAGGCCAACACCCGCUUGAACAAGGCCCCGGCCAAGUUCCGAUCCCUCGACUACUCCGAGCGACAUGGCUACGUUCGCGGCAUCGUCAAGGACAUCAUCCACGAUGCCGGCCGCGGCGCCCCGCUCGCCAAGGUCACCUUCCGCGACCCGUACAAAUACCGGCUCAUCACGGAGACCUUCAUCGCCAACGAGGGCAUGUACACCGGGCAGUUCGUCUACGCCGGGAAGUACGCCAGCCUGACGGUCGGCAACGUGCUGCCGCUCGGCUCCGUCCCUGAGGGAACCGUGGUGACGAACGUCGAGGAGCAGCCGGGUGACCGUGGCGCGCUGGGGAGGACCUCCGGCAACUACGUCACUGUCAUCGGCCAUAACCCCGAUGAGGGCAUCACCCGUGUCAAGCUCCCGUCCGGAGCGAAGAAGGUUGUCAAGAGCAGCGUUCGUGGCAUGGUGGGCAUCGUCGCUGGUGGUGGACGAACGGACAAGCCGCUGCUGAGUACGACAUGAAAUUUCGGGAUCGAAGAGCAUGACUGACAGCGAUACAGAGGCGUCUCGCGCGAAGCAUAAGUUUGCCGUCAAGCGCAACUCAUGGCCCAAGACUCGUGGUGUGGCAAUGAACCCCGUCGACCAUGUACGUAUCUCGCAUCAUCCCUCGGGAAUCCCACUAACCCGCGUCCACAGCCUCACGGUGGUGGUAACCAUCAACAUAUCGGUAAGGCCUCGACCAUCUCCCGGUACGCCACACAAGGUCAAAAGGCCGGUCUCAUCGCCGCGCGGAGAACGGGUCUGCUGCGGGGAACCCAGAAGACGAAGGAUUAGAG